AUGCUAGACCCAUUUGACAUGGACGUGGACGUGGACGUGGACGUGGACGUGGACGUGGACGUGGAGGACGUGGACGUGGACGUGGACGUGGAGAACUUGGACGUGGACAUGGACGUGAACGUGGACGUGGACGUGGACGUGGAGGACUUGGACGUGGACAUGGACGUGGACGUGGACGUGGACAUGGACGUGGACGUGGACGUGGACGUGGACAUGGACGUGGACGUGGACGUGGACGUGGACAUGGACCUGGACAUGGACGUGGACGUGGACGUGGACGUGGACAUGGACGUGAACGUGGACAUGGUCGUGGACGUGGACGUGAACGUGGACGUGGACAUGGACAUGGACGUGGACGUGAACAAGACGUGGACGUGA